AUGUCUCAGAAGGAUGCUGCUCAGACGACCAUCGUCAGCCAUGACGAGAAGCUUGAAAAACUUGAGGGCGAGGCCGUCCAGGUCGAGAGAAGCUGGCAAACACCUGCUCAAAUCCAACAUCGUUUUGACACAUUGAGAGACCUCAGCGAUGAGCAAAUGACUGCCCUCAACAAAAAGGUGCUCAAAAAGAUUGAUUGGCGCCUCAUGCCCUGUCUCACACUCAUGUUCUUGAUGAACUAUCUCGAUCGCAUCAAUGUCUCGAAUGCUCGCCUUGCGGGUCUUCAAGAAGAUCUCAACAUGUCUGAUACUGUCUGGAAUGCCGGCAUCAGUACCUUUUACGUCGGAUAUCUCAUCGGUCAACUGCCCGGUAACUUGAUACUCGCCAAGGCAAACCCCAGCAAAUUCUUGCCCAUCAUUAUGCUUGCAUGGAGUGCUGCUACUAUCUGCAUGCCUGCCAUGAAAAGCGGGGCUGGUUUCUGCAUUGUUCGCUUCGUUAUUGGCUUGUGCGAAGCGCCAUUCUUUCCAGGUAUUACCCUUAUCACAAGUUCAUGGUAUAACAAGCAAGAAAAUCCAACUCGCAUGGCCAUCUGGCACGCUGGAAACACCAUCUCAAACAUCAUCUCUGGCUUUCUCGCUGCUGGCAUCCUUGAACACAUGGGAGGAAUCGGUGGCAUGAAAUCGUGGCAGUGGUUCUUCCUCAUUGAAGGCAUUGCAUCUAUCGCGGUUGCCGUUGUUGCCUUCUUCGUCCUUCCAGACUGGCCACACAACUCCAAGUGCCUCAGCGAGGAAGAGAAAGAAAUGGCACAGUAUCGUGUUUUGGUCUCCAACGGUGGCGUCGACGAGGGUGUUGGCGGCACAUGGGAUGGCCUCAAGUCUGCCGUUGCAGAUCCCUUUACCUGGUACUUCUGCGGGAUGCAUUUUGCUCUCAUCACUGCUCAGAGCUUCAAGGAUUUCUUCCCAUCGAUCCUCAAGACUUUCGGAUUCGACAAGAUGACCACUUACCUUGUCCAAGCACCACCCUACGCUAUUGCAUACAUGGCAGCAUGUGGCCUUGCAUGGACUUCCGGCAGAUUCCAAGAAUCCUGCUACCAUAUUGUGGUCCCGAUUAUCGCUGCCGCAGCUGGUUGCGCCAUGUUGAUCUCCACCAUGAAUGUCGGAGCUCGAUACUUCGGUAUCAUUCUACUCAUCAGCGGAACAUACUCCGGUCUCAACUUGCAGCUGUCUUGGGAAACCACGCUUGUGCCCGCACCCAAGAGUAAGAAGGCCGCCCUGAUCGCCAUUGCCAACUGCAUCUCGCAGACCAGCCAUUGGUUCAGCCCGUACUUCUUCCCCAGAUCCCAGGAGCCAUUCUACAGACUUGGUGGUGGUCUUAUCAUCGCCGGCUGUGUCUUGACCUGCCUGCUCUCCGGUGGCAUCGUGCUUAGAGCCAAGAAACUCAACAAGAAACUCGACGAGGCCGAGGGCUACACUGCUCACUCCGGCAAUGAGCGAGGAUGGCGCUAUGUUUACUAA